AUGUACCAUCGAGCUCAUACAGCCGCACUCGAGGCUAUCCAAGGACCCUUGGUCCUAACCCUCCACAUAUCAUCCCCUCUUCAGACUUGUAUCAAUGAUCUCCGUACGACGUACUUCCCCGCUCACCGCCUGCUGGUUCCAGGGCAUCUCACCUUAUUCCACGCAUUGCCGUCCUCGCAACCCAGCCUGUCCAAGAUCCUUGACGACUUACGGUCAGUCACAGAGAGAACCAGCGCCUUCGACAUCGGACUCGGGAUGGCGUUCAAGAUGGGCCAACGCGGCGUAGCCAUAGACAUCGGGGCGGGGAAGUCGCAACUCGUGGCAUUCCGGCGCCGGCUGCGUGCAAUGUGGAAGGAACAAGAGUUGACGAAUCAAGACAGACAAACGCUCUCGAGGCCGCACUUUACCAUCAUGAAUAAGGAGACGGACGCAGCUAAAGCGGAGGCGUGCUUCCUGGAGCUCGAAGCCAGGCUGAACAACGCUGGGGAGGAGGAAGGCAUGACAAAGGAGGGCAAAGCACUGGGCGUGGAGCUUUGGGAGUAUAAGCCAGGGGGUCGAUGGAAAUUUGUUAGACUAUUCAAGUUCAGAGAGUGA